AUGAGGGCUGAACCCUUCAAGGAAGUCAAACCACAUGGAAAGCUGCCGGAGACUUCUGGGAAGGAGAAGGAAAUGUCAGCAUCUGAGCUGCACAGGAGCAUCUACAGCGAUGGUCCUGCGCUCAUCCCACCUGCCGUGUGCAGGGCCGGGAGAUAUGUCUUCCUAGUUUCAUCUACAGAUGAAGAUGAACUGCAUUUGAAUGCACCUGGAGGCCUGUUCACACCCAGAUCUGAUUCAGAGGGUGAGAUUGUGAACUUCGGGCUGAUGUAA